UUCAUUCACAGGGAAGCACCAAAAACCAGAAGCAGCAGGAGACUUUCAGUGGAUGUCUCCGUGUGUGCGGCAUAAGCCUUAAAUACAUCUGCUCUGCUGUUUCUUUCUGCGUUUAUACGCUCGGGGUCGUUUUUAAAACAUGUCUUCGUUCAGAAAGGCGCUGAAAUCUCGACAGAGAAACCACCAUGAAAGAUCGCAGCCCGGCUUCAGGAAGCAUUUGGGAUUGCUGGAGAAGAAAAAAGACUACAAACUUCGUGCAGAUGAUUAUCACAAGAAACGGAACACGCUCGCUGCUCUGCGGAAGAAAGCUCUGGAGAAGAAUCCAGAUGAGUUUUACUUCAAGAUGAUCAGCUCUCCUCUGCAGGAUGGAGUUCACAUAAAUAAAAAACCCAAGGAGGUGGAGCAGGUGACCGAGGAACAGAAGAAAGUGAUGAGGACGCAGGAUAUCAAAUAUGUGGAGAUGAAAAGGGUUGCAGAAGUUAAGAAAAUUGAGAGGCUGAAAGGAGAGCUCCAUCUUCUGGAUGCAGAGAGCAAACCAAAAAACAAGCACACGUUUUUUGUGGAUUCCAAGAAAGAAGUGCAGUCAUUUAGCCUGGCAGAUCACCUCAACACAGCUCCAGAGCUGGUGGACAGAGUGUACAACAGACCAACUCUGGAAACACUGGAAACUAAGAGCAUACAGGGAGCUGUAGACCCCCACAGUGUGAAGAAACUGGCAAAACAAAGGAAACAUCAAUACAAGAUUCUUUCCCAGAGGAUUGACAGAGAAAAGAAAAUGUUUGUCAUCAGCCAGAAAAUCCAGACCCGCAAGGACCUGCAGGAUAAGUGCAAGAAAGUGAAGGUAAAGAAGGAGACAACCAGUUCUGCAGCUAUUUACAAGUUUGAGGCCAAGAGGAAACGCUGACAAGGG